AUGAUAGAAAAUGAAAAAGAUUUUUGCUGCUAUAAAGGACAUAAGCUACCAGUCGUUACAAUAGCACUUGAUUCAAAAUUAUCAAGGAAUUAGAGACUCUUAUGCACAGAACGUUUAGAAAAUGCAGACAUAGAUGGCAAAGCAGUUGGAUUAAAGAAAAUGAUAUAAUUAAUAGAAGAGAAUUAAAUUAAAAAGAUGGAAAAAGUGGAAACUAUCAUAACGAAUUAAAUUAAAUUAAUUGAAUCAUUACAUAGUAUUUUUGAUUAAAUGAAAUCAUAUCUAAUGUAAUAAUUAGAAUAAUUGAUUACUAUAAUUAUUGGAUGGAUUCAGAAUCUAUAAUAACAAAGAUAAUAAUAUUCUCAAUUUAGUUUUUUAGAGGAAUUAGAAAUUAUGGUUAUGAAGUCAAAUUAACCUGAUUCCGAUUUAUAUAUCCAUGAAAUUUAGAAAAUCAAUCUCUGUUGGACUUCAAAAUUGAAUCCUAAAUUAUAAUAAUUUAAUUAAUUUGAUGCAUAUAAUUAAUGUAAGUAACACUUGUUGAGUUUAGAAUUAGGUUCUAAGAAAUAUACAGAAAAUGAUUAAUAAUUACAAACCAAUAUAAAAAUUAUGAAUUAAGAAAUAUCAUCUUUAAAUACUAAGACGAAUAUUCAACCAUUAUAAACUGAUUAAUUUAUUAAUUAGUCGAAUGUCAAACCUUUCAAUUAUUAACUAAUCCAAGAAUGUUCAAUUUAAUAAAGUGAUUUGUGUCGUGCAAUAGCUAUUGAUAAAGGUUGUUCAACAUUGCUGGUUGGAUAUGAGUCACUAAUUAAAUUAUUUGAAUUCAACUAAGGAAUGAUCAAAAAAAUUUAAACUUUAAAAUAACAUAAGGAUUGGGUAUAAACUUUAAACUUCAUGCAGAAAUUUAAAAGUUUAUAUCUGGGAGUUGUGAUCAUUCGAUAAUAAUAUGGAAUUGUAAAUAAAAUAAUUAAUGGAGUUUUAAAUAAAUAUUAAAUGGACAUAAUAAUAGUAUCUAAUGUUUAAUCAUAAAUACUAAUGAAGAUCUAAUAAUAUCAGGGAGUGGUGAUAACACUAUAAAAUUUUGGAUAAAUAAGAAUUAAUGGUUGUGCUAAUAAGCAAUAAAGGAAUACUCUUAAUCUGUAUUAGGUUUGA